UAGAGCUCAUAGGGUCUAUGUCCCCCAGGGUACUGCCGGAACGUACCCUGGGGGGGGGGGGGGACAUAGACCCUCUCAGCAUCAGUAGAUGCAAGUUCAUUUUCAUCUUUUCUGUUAUAUCCAUGUAAAACAUGACUUAAAUUUGCUACACGUGUAUGCAUGCACACACUGGAUAAUAUUAUGGGGCUAGCUAGUAAUAUCUUAGCUAGCUCUAGUACUAUAGUUCUCGUUGGCUGAAAUAAUGAGGUUUAUAGUACUAGAACUAGCAACAAUUAUGGAAAAAAUCGUUAUAUUGGAGUUGUAACUUUGCAGAUCUAAUACAAUCAUGGAUGCAAUAUGCAGCAUGGAUACAAUAUGAAGCAUACAUACAAUAUGAAAAUGACAAUACAAAUACAAAUACAUACAACAAUACAAAUACAUACAAUACAAAUAUGAAGAAUACAUACAAAAUGAAGCAUGGAUACAAUAUGCAGUAUAGGGAGAGCACAAUGCUAUCAUGGGAUAUGUGACACGAUUUUAAUUAUGCAUCUUUGUCAUAUAGUCACGUUUAUUUAACAACUGAUCUAUUUGCACUGAUGACGUGAUGUCUUAUCUUUAUAAUUUUCUGCAAUUGUCUUAUUUGCAACAAUUGUAAUACAUAUUCGACGAGAGAUGGCGGUAGGGGUGUUCCUUUUGACAAAUGAGCAUUUAGCUUGGUCGCGUUUUUGUUGAUGACGGGGAAGAGGUGACGUAUUUGCACGGUGAGUGCUGCCACCAGCCAAUUGCCACAGCCAACAUUGCAACAAUGGAGCCGCUCUAUCACGAAACCAACAAGAUCCUGCAGGAGGUUCACGCUCUCCUCAGCGAGUACGACCGGGCGGGCAGCGACGAGGCGCCGGACGUCGAGCGUCGCCUCGGCGACGUGUUCGACGCGAUCAAUGCCAACGUCGGCCGGCUCGAGAUCCUCGUGAACAAGGAGCCGCCGACGCGGCGGCAGAACGCGAGGCUGCGGCUUGACCAGCUGAAGUACGACCGGCAGCACCUGGAGGCGGCGCUGCGUAACAUGCAGCACCGGCACUACCAGCACGAGGAGGAGGCGCGCCAGCGGGAGCAGCUGCUCGCGCAGUCGUUCCGGCCGAACGACGACGCGUCGGUGAUGAUCGACCACACGCUGCAGCACCACACGGGCCUCAGCAACGCGCACCGAGAGGUCGACAACCUGCUCGGCAGCGGCGGAUCGAUCCUUGGGAACCUGCGCGAGCAGCGCGGCGCGCUCAAGGGCGUGCAGAAGCGCGUGCUGGACAUCGCAAACACGCUCGGCAUGUCGAACACCGUCAUGCGGCUGAUAGAGCGGCGGACGACCCAGGACAAGGUCAUACUGUGGGGUGGCAUUAUCGUCACCUGCGUGAUCAUGUACCUGACUAUUAAAUAUCUAACGUAAAUUGUGCACUGCGGUGUGUGUAGCAUCGAGAGUUGAUGAACUGAUUUUCGUUUUGGUGUGCUCUCGAUAGCACAAGCUUUCUAUGUAUAUAUAUAAAGCAGAUCCAGCCAUCUUCACUUGGAAGCAUCUGUACCUUGCUGGCUAGUGUUUAUAGAAGAUGCACGUAUUCAGUGAUAAUGGGGAUGUAGGGUGUGAUAAUCUGCAACCCUGCCAGUAUUAUUUGAUUCAACUUUAUUUUAACACUCUGUCAGUGUUCGCUAUCUCAUAUUUUAUUGUUAUUAUUAUGUCAAAUACUUCAAUGAGGUAAAUAAGAUGAGACAAUUGCCACACAAGUGCUAUGUAAUGAGUAAUGAUUAGUUUUAUGGAUUGUCUGAGUAAAUUUGCAAUUUAAUAAGGGAACUGAUUAUAUGAAUGCAAUUAGUGGGCAUGGUUACAUGUAUUGACAGUUUACAAAAGGUUGUGUUUUAGUGCUGUAAUUACAUUUCCAUGCUUAGCUGAUAAUUGUCUCAAGUCAUAAGAGUUUAUUGUCAAUGUCUGAGUUUUUCAGUUUUUUGUUACCUUGCUUAGUGGAGCUGAUAGGGUCUAUGUCUCCCUCGGUACUGCCGGAACGUACCCUGUUAACUAUCUGAUAUGGUUAGGGUUAGG